AUGGAGGAGACUACUAGGUGAAUGUUUCGGAGGUUAAUUACCCAGAAAUUUUACGCACGAUCAAGACACAUUUUUGAAGCUCAAAAUUAGUAGCUCAAGAACACUAAAGGGGAUUCUCACAAAUACAGCUCUACAAUUCGCAAUAACAUCGGACAUUUGUUUUUCUGCUAUAAUUGAAUAAGGAUGUUUCUCACCAGGACUGAGUAUGACAGAGGAGUCAACACCUUUUCUCCUGAAGGGAGAUUGUUUCAAGUUGAAUAUGCAAUUGAAGCUAUCAAGCUAGGUUCAACUGCAAUUGGGAUAAGGACCAAUGAAGGUGUUGUGCUUGUUGUCGAAAAACGUAUCACCUCUCCGUUACUGGAGCCUAGCAGUGUUGAAAAAAUCAUGGAAAUUGAUGAACAUAUUGGGUGUGCUAUGAGUGGAUUGAUUGCUGAUGCUCGCACACUUGUUGAGCAUGCAAGAGUGGAGACCCAGAAUCACAGAUUCUCUUAUGGUGAGCCAAUGAAUGUUGAAUCUACCACACAAGCUUUGUGUGAUCUAGCACUGCGUUUUGGAGAAGGAGACGAAGAAUCAAUGUCCCGUCCUUUUGGUGUAUCUCUUCUCAUUGCAGGUCAUGAUGAAAAUGGACCCAGCUUGUAUCAUACAGAUCCAUCUGGUACAUUUUGGCAGUGCAGUGCUAAGGCUAUUGGUUCUGGUUCUGAAGGUGCAGACAGCAAUUUGCAGGAGCAAUAUAGAAAGGAUUUGACCUUUCAAGAAGCUGAGACUAUAGCUCUUUCGACCUUGAAGCAGGUUAUGGAGGAAAAGGUGACACCAAACAAUGUUGACAUUGCUAAGGUUUCCCCAACCUACCACUUGUAUACUCCUGCUGAAGUGGAGGCUGUCAUUGCUCGCCUAUGAGAAGCACCCUACUUUCAAAUGGCAUUCCUAUCUUUAGUACUUCCUAUUUGACCGGCAUUGAUAUACUUUCUAGAGCUUAGAUUGGGGAAAUGAUGUUAGACCGUACGGUGGCCGAAGACUUAUUUGAACUCUUAUUUGAAUGUAUUCAAAGUUGCUGUUAAAGAACUUAGUACUUCCUAUUUGGCCGGCAUUGAUAUGCUAUCUAGAGCUUAGUUCGGGGAAAAGAUGUUUGCUUCCUUCUGAAUCAGAGACAGUAUGUUGCCGGGAACUUAUUCGAACUCUUAUUUGGAUGUAUUCAAAGUUGCUGUUAAAGAACUUGAGAUAGGAAAUUAUUGCUAAUUUUUUUAUGCUUCCAAGACCUGCUUGCCAUUUUCAAUUGUUAAUUUUCACGUUGCAUGAUUAGUGAAGAAGUUUCUGAUCUCACUUUAUCAA